GAGAUGAGAUAAAACCAAUAAAAGAUCUUUACAUCGUGGAUUUCAGGAUGGGCUCAGAGAUGGAUUCAUCAGAAAGUUCACCAGUUAGAAGUGAACAAAARUCCAGAAAAUUCUUAAAAAGCCUAAUUAGAAGGCAGCCUUGGGACCUUCUCCUGGUGGUUGGAACUGGGGUAGGUGCUGCUGUGGCCCCAGGAACCCCGGGGCUCUGCUSCUGGAGGGGCUGCAUGGAGGCCGUCAUUGAAGCCACUGAGCAGCUGGAGGUGCUUCCCCCAGCUGAUAUUGCUGGUUUUUGUAAAGAAGUGAAGGACAGAGACGUGCUCGUAGUUGCACAAGAUUUCAUUCGGAAAAUGUCCCCACGGAUUGGUGAUACCAAGCCCAGCUUCUUCCAGGACUGCUUAAUGGAAGUGUUUGAUAAUUUAGAAGACCAUAUUCAGAAUCGUGUUGUUCUGCAGCCUGUCCUAAGGCUAAUGGAGAGAGGCACGAUGAUCCCGACUACAAACUAUGGUAAUUUACUCGAAAUAUUUGGUCAGCAACUGGGCAAGCCUAUGGAAUCUUUAGAUUUGAAAGAUAAGAAUAAGGACGUUCUUCAAAAUCUGUAUCGAACCAAGUCUUUUUUGUUGGGCUGUGGAGAGACCCUGCGUGAUCAGAUAUUCCAAGCUCUUUCUCUUUACGCUGUAAAGAAUAAGGUGGAUUUUGAACAUUACAUGGUAGAGCUUUCAGAAAAUGAAGAACACUUCUUCAAGCUCCAGGCAGAUAUGCCUCUGCAUGGGAUAAAAGUAGUGUUAAGCUUUAAACAAUUUCCAGAGUWCAUACAAGACUUGACUGCUCACUGCAAGCAGAGAAGUCCAGAUGCUGAUUGAGUGGACAACACAACACUGCUGGGAACUUCAUGUGUGGACUGUGCUAAAAGGAAGCUGGAAAACAGCCUUGAUCCUCUGGAGCCAGUCAAGCAAUCGGAUAACCGCCUACCCACGACUUAA